AUGUCUUUCCUUCAUAAUCAUUCUUGUGAGUGCGUUAAGUCAGAAUUGGAUUUGUUUGCACUACCGUCUACACAAACUAGCAUUGAAAAUGGAUUGUGGAUUCAUUAUAAACCAAUUUCAUCUCUUGGUGAUGAUGGACCUAUCGAGUUUCAAGUUCCUGGGACCGGCGAUGACUACAUAGAUUUGUCUCAUACAUUACUCCACAUAAAGGCAAAAGUAUUAAAUCAAGAUUCAACUAACUUGGUAUCUACUACAAUAGUAGCACCUGUAAAUAAUUGGCUGCAUUCACUUUUUAGUCAACUUGAUGUUUAUUUAAACCAAAAACUUGUAUCACCACCUAAUAAUACCUAUGCAUAUCGAGCAUACAUGGAAACCCUUUUAAACUAUGCCCCUGCUGCUAAACAAUCUCAUCUUACUUGUAGUCUUUGGUAUGAGGAUACAGCAGGAAAAAUGGAUUCUACAGAUGGUAAAAACAUAGGAUUUGUUAAAAGACAGGAAUUGAUUAGUGAAAGUAAGGAAAUAGAAAUGAUUGGUCAUCUUCACGGUGACAUUUUUAACCAAGAUAAAUUUUUAAUUAAUGGUGUUGAAAUGAGUGUUAAAUUGGUUCGAUCAAGAGAGAGUUUUAAUUUAAUUGUUGGGUCAAACGAUGUAAAGUUUAAAGUUUGCAUUACGGACGCAACUCUUAUUGUUCGACGAGCACGAAUUAAUCCAAGUGUAUUACUCGCACAUCAAAAAGUUUUAGCUUCUACCACUGCUAAAUAUCCUAUUACUCGAGCUGAAGUAAAAGUUUUAACAAUUCCUUCGGGUGUUCAAGGAAAAACUCUUGAUAAUAUAUUUUUAGGACAGGUACCGAAAAGAUGUAUAAUUGGAUUUGUGAACAAUUCUGCAUUUAAUGGUUCCCUUACUAAAAAUCCAUUUAACUUUGAAAACUAUGGUAUUAAUUCUUUCAGCUUAUAUAUUGAUGGUCAACAAAUACCUUCAAAAGCUUUGCAACCAUCUUUUAAUAAUAACAUAUUUACAUCAGCAUAUCAUACUCUAUUCUCGGGAACUGGUAUUCACUUUCUUAAUGAAGGAAAUGGAAUCUCUUGUGAACAGUAUGGCAAAGGUUACUGUCUAUUAGCAUUUGACUUAACUCCUGAUUUAUCAGCUAACUCAUCAACUCAUUGGAAUCUCAUAAAGCAUGGUAGUGUAAGAAUAGAAGUACGAUUUGAAUCCUCAUUAAUACAAACAAUUAACUGUAUAGUUUAUGCUGAGUUUGAUAAUAUUAUUGAGAUAGAUAAAAACAGAAAUGUUACUGUAGACUAUAGUAGUUAA